AUGCCCUGGAUGAUGUGCGCACGAAUAUCCCAGGGGAAAUUUAAUAUGCGGUCGUGUGUCCAUAAAAACAGACUCGUAUCUGCUCCUCGAUCUUUUUCCUCUUCACUCUAUUCCACCUUUCCCUCAUACUCGAAGCAGAAGUCUUCUCAGUCUAUCACAAUGGCUCGAUACCCUUCACUGCCUACUCAACAGACCCGGUCGGUGCAUGCCAUCGCAUCGCCGUUUGUGAAUCACACCUCGCCUGCUGAGGCCAACUACGAUACCGCCAACCCUUCAUACAUUCGCAAGUACCUCCGCACAUAUGGCCUCACUCCUCCUCGCGCCGAGGGCUACGAAACACAAAAGACCCGAUGCCUGGCGCAGCUGGGUCUGAAGAGCACACCCAUCGAAAAAUUCCUAUACCUGAGCACUCUGCGCAAGAACAAUGUGCAUCUGUUUUAUCGCCUGGUGACAGACCAUCUGAGGGAGAUGACGCCCCUCAUCUACACCCCAGUGGUCGGCGAGGCCUGCCAAAGGUGGUCCGAGAUCUACCAACAGCCUGAAGGCAUGUACCUCAGCUGGGAAGAUCGCGGGAAUCUAGCUUCUGUCAUCGCCAAUUGGCCCCAGCCUAAUGUCGAGAUCACAUGUAUCACCGAUGGCUCCCGAAUCCUCGGGCUGGGUGACCUGGGCAUUAACGGCAUGGGUAUCCCAAUUGGAAAAUUAGCGCUUUACACUGCAUGUGCGGGUAUUCGUCCCGAGGCCACCCUGCCUCUGACUCUGGAUCUGGGUACUAGCAACAAGACCCUCCGGGAAGACCCGCUCUACAUGGGUAGCCGUCGCGACAAGGUCUCUCCCGAAGAGGAGCGGGAGUUUUUGGACGAGCUGAUGGGAGCUCUUACCGAGCGCUGGCCUGGUAUCGUCAUCCAAUUCGAGGAUUUCAAGAAUCCCUUCCCCGCACUGGAGCGCUACCGUGACCGGUUCACCUGCUUCAAUGAUGACAUCCAGGGUACUGGCGCUGUCAUCCUUGGCGGUGUCAUCAACGCUGUCAAGCGCUCCGGGCUGCCCUGCAAGGAUCACCGCGCUGUGUUCUUCGGAGCCGGCAGCGCCGGUGUCGGCGUCGCCCGCCAGAUCGUCGAGUUCUUCAUGCGCGAAGGCAUGACCGAGGACGAAGCCCGCAACUGCUUCUACCUCGUCGACACCAAGGGUCUCGUCACCGCUGACCGCGGUGACAACCUCGCCGACCACAAGGUCUACUUCGCCCGCCGCGACAAUGCCGGCAACCAGUUCAAGACCCUCGAGGAGGUCGUCGACUACGUCAAGCCCUCCAUCCUGAUGGGUCUCUCCACCAUGGGUGGCGUCUUCACCCCAGAGAUCCUGCGCAAGAUGGCCGACUGGAACACCGCCCCUCUCAUUUUCCCCCUCUCCAACCCCUCCUCCAAGUCCGAGUGUGACUUCGAAGCUGCCGUCACCCACACCGACGGCCGCUGUCUCUUCGCCUCCGGUUCUCCCUUCCCCAACUUCACCUUCACCAACGCCGCCGGUGAGACCCGCACCUACUACCCCGGCCAGGGCAACAACAUGUACGUGUUCCCCGGUAUCGGCCUGGGCAGCAUCCUGUCCAAGGCCGUCCGUGUCACCGACAGCAUGAUCUAUGCCUCCGGUGAGGCUCUUUCCGCCGCUCUGACCGGCGAGGAGCUCGAGCGCGGUCUUCUCUACCCUGACAUCACUCGCAUCCGCGAGGUCAGCAUCGUCGUCACCCGCAAGGUGAUGCGCGCCGCACAGGAAGACAAGGUCGAUCGCGAGAUCGCUCUGCGAGCCUUGAGCGACGUUGAGCUGGACAACUGGAUCAAGGCCCGCAUGUACGAUCCUCACACCGAGGUUCGCGAGCUGGAGCGUGAGGUCGGUCACCUCCUGUCCAGUCUGGGCACAAUCUCGCCGCCUCUCACGGCGAGUGGCUCCCCGACUGAGGAGAAGAAUGCCGCGAAAUUGUAA